AUGGCAGUUACAGCGCAGCCUCGGGGCUUCGGCUCCGGCGUCGACGACUCCGACAACCAAACCUCUCUGACCAUCAUUAUCGUCUUUCUUGCCAUCUCUUUCUAUAACAUCAUUGAACUUAACUUUCUUAUCUGGGGAACCUUCAAACGUUAUGUCGGACUUUACUUCUGGACAGUCCUCAUCGCCACUUGGGGUAUUCCUGUAUACUGUUCCGGCUUCCUCGUCAAAUAUUUCGGCUCAUCUUCAUUGGGAUACCUCUCCUGCACAUUGAUUGUGGUUGGCUGGGUAUUCAUGGUCACCGGCCAAUCUAUGGUGCUCUGGUCACGACUACAUCUGGUCCUACGGAAUCAAAAGCGUCUUCGCCUGAUCUUGUGGAUGAUAAUCGUCGACGCAAUCAUCUGCCACGGCGCUAUCAUUCCUAUGGUCUAUGGAUCUUUCUCAAGUAGCCCCGAGAUGUGGAAGAAGCCUUAUUCCAUCAUGGAGAAGAUCCAAGUCACCAUCUUCUUUCUGCAAGAGACGAUCCUGUCCAGCUUUUAUAUCGGGGAGACAAUCAAGAUGAUGAGACUCGAACGGUCCAUGGGGAACAAGAGGUCAAGUCGUCGCUUGAUGAAGCACCUUAUCCUUGUCAACGUUCUCAUUAUUGUCCUUGACAUCACGAUUUUGGCCCUGGAGUAUGCCAAUCAAUACGAGUAUCAGACAUCAUACAAGUCCUUUGUGUACAGUACCAAGUUGAAGUUGGAGUUUACUAUCCUGAAUCGGCUGGUCGAGAUGACAACAGGGAGCAAGAAUGCGAGCUCUGGUCCGAGUCGAAGUCACACCACGGCCAACAAUACUUCCAUCCCGCUUGAAACCUUCAACGAUGAGAGGGAUGGGAAGACUCCUGGUUUUUCAUAUCAAGCAUACGCUGUCGGGGGUAGCAAUGGUGCCGGUGAUAGAGGCAACAUGUCGCUGAGCCCAAAUGACCAUGGGGUAAUGAUGACAACGGAGAUUACCCUUCAGCGCGACGAAAGACACCAUGAUGAUAUGGGAAGUGGGAAGUCAUCAUCGAACUCAACGACUGAGCCAGUGCAAGCAUGUGACGGAGAUUCAAGGGCGUCCUCGGAAGUUCAGUUGGCAACUCGUGGGUUCUGA